AUGAAAUUAUAUGCAGAGUCUCUUGCACGAUUUCAAGGGGGAUCACCCUACAUAUACCCUUUGUAUGGUUUAGGAGAGCUUCCCCAGGCAUUUGCAAGGCUUAGUGCUGUUUAUGGUGGUACAUAUAUGGUGAACAAAACUGAAUGCAAGGUAGAAUUUGAUGCUGAAGGAAAGGUUAUUGGUGUCACAUCUGAAGGGGAAACUGCCAAGUGCAAGAAAGUUGUUUGUGAUCCAUCAUAUUUUCCUGGCAAGGUGAGGAAGGUUGGAAAGGUUGCAAGAGCAAUAGCCAUCAUGAGCCAUCCGAUCCCCAGCACCAAUGACUCCCAAUCAGUGCAAGGAAAAUAUAUUGCAUUUGUAUCAACUGAGGCAGAGACAGAUCAGCCUGCUAUUGAACUUAAACCUGGGAUUGACCUUCUAGGACCUGUUGAGGAGAUAUUUUUUGAUAUGUACGAUAGAUAUGAACCAGUCAAUGAACCCACUCUAGACAACUGCUUUGUAUCAACCAAUUAUGAUUCUACCACACACUUUGAGUCAACAGUAGUGGAUGUCUUCAACAUGUAUACAUUGAUAACCGGCAAGGUUCUCGACCUCUCUGUGGAUCUUAGUGCCGCCAGCGCCGCAGAAGAGUAA